AUGGCCUGGCGCAAUCAAGGAAUCACAGGCUCCAACAACAUCCCCCUGGGGCGCCGCCGCUUCGGGGGCGAGGAGGAAGAUGAGAGUCGCACCGCUUCUCCUUCGUCUAUGCCUGAUGGACCGAAGCGUGGUCGCAGUCCAGUUCGAGCACCCGAGCCCGCAGCCGAUGGUGUCAAGCGCCGCAAGAAGCGCAACCGCUGGGGCGACCAGCAAGAAAACAAGGCGGCCGGUUUGAUGGGCUUGCCCACCAUGAUCAUGGCGAACUUCACUAGCGAACAGCUCGAGGCGUACACUCUGCAUCUGCGCAUCGAGGAGAUCAGCCAGAAGCUGCGGAUUAACGAUGUCGUCCCUGCUGAUGGUGAUCGGUCUCCCUCGCCACCGCCGCAGUAUGACAACUUCGGUAGACGUGUGAACACUCGCGAGUACCGCUAUCGCAAGCGACUCGAGGAUGAGCGUCAUAAGCUGGUCGAAAAGGCCAUGAAGACCAUCCCUAACUACCACCCGCCCUCUGACUACAGACGUCCGACCAAGACCCAAGAGAAGGUCUACGUCCCAGUGAAUGACUAUCCAGAGAUUAACUUCAGACCUCGUGGAAAUACCCUCAAGAAGAUGGAAACCGAGUCUGGAGCCAAGAUUGCCAUUCGAGGCAAGGGCUCCGUCAAGGAGGGCAAGGGCCGAUCUGAUGCCGCUCACGCUAGCAACCAGGAAGAAGAUCUCCACUGUCUGAUUAUGGCUGACACCGAGGAAAAGGUGAACAAGGCCAAGAAGCUUGUUCACAACGUCAUUGAGACGGCUGCAUCCAUCCCUGAGGGCCAGAACGAACUCAAGCGCAACCAGCUUCGUGAGCUGGCUGCCCUCAACGGUACUCUCCGUGACGACGAGAACCAGGCUUGCCAGAACUGUGGUCAAAUCGGACAUCGCAAGUAUGACUGUCCCGAGCAGCGCAACUUCACCGCCAACAUCAUCUGUCGUGUUUGUGGCAAUGCUGGUCACAUGGCUCGUGAUUGUCCCGAUCGCCAGAGAGGCAGCGACUGGCGCAACGGUGGCGGCUAUGGUGGUGGUGGUCCUCGCAACCCUCGUGCUAUUGGCACUGGUGAUGCUGUUGACCGUGAGAUGGAGCAACUCAUGAACGAACUCUCCGGCGGCGCUCCUGGCGAGUACCCGCCUCGCCGCAUUGAAGCCGGUCCCGAUCAAGGCGGCUACCAGCCAGAUGAUCGUGAUUCCAAGCCAUGGCAGCGUGGCCCGCCUGCAAGCGAUGUGGCUCCCUGGCAGCAGCGACGUGAGCAGCGUCCUCGCGACGACUACGGUUCUCGCGAUCAAGGUGGUCCCGCUCCUUGGGCUACCCAAAACCGUGGUGGCAACGACUACGGCUACGGAUCUCAGGGUGGAUAUUCCGCUCCCGGCACCGCAUCCGGUGCUGCUCCCUGGCAACAGCAAGCUCCUCCCGGCGGCGCUCCCCCUGCUGCUCCUGCUGCUCCCGGAUAUGGAUAUGGAGCCUACGCAGGCUAUGCCUAUCCUCCUGGUAUGGCAGCACCCGGUAUGGCAGCCCCGCCACCACCUCCGGGCAUGCCUUCUAUGGGUGGUUAUGGCGGCGCUGGCAGUCCUCCACCUCCCCCGCCUCCUGGUGAUGGGCCUCCUCCCCCCCCCUCCCAGCGACCAGCCCCCACCCCCGCCUCCCCCUGCUCCCGUCGAUCAAUGGAAAACUAA